GCAGCCGUGCCGGUGACUUUGAAAAAAUGCAGCCGCUUUUACCGGCGAAUAAAAAGAGCUCGAUUCGCAGCAGGAAACGAGAAACGCUCGUCGCACAUAUAAAUACUCGCAUCUGAUUUAGGAUAUCACACACUUCUCUGCCAUCCACCUUACAGUACAACAAAGCAGGCUUGAAAACAAGAAGGCAAUAUUGUUUGCACUAAUCUACUAUCUGAAAAUAUCAUAUCGCUAUACCAGAUUUCUACGUAUCCCUUUCCUGAACUACAAUCAAGAGUUUCAGUUCAUUGAAGAAAUGAAUCCCACUGCUAACGGUUCACAUCACAUGGCAUCGAACGAUCUUCAGAAACUAAACAUGGGAUUAGAUCAGUGGACUCGGGCUCUGAAGCGUUUACAAAGCAUGUCAUCGAAUUCAAUGCCAGAACAGGAGCGUUUGAAAAUGAGGAAAACUGGUUCAUGUACGAAGAAUAUGCCUGCAUUAUAUAAUUACAGCAAACAAAGCAGUAUCAGAACAGGUUUAAAUCACCUUACCAGCACUCAGAGAUCGAAUGUAGAAAUGCAAAAGCUCAGGAUCCAACUGCAAACAAAUGGAUUCAGUUCAACUAUAGAAUAUUUUCGGGAACAGCAAAAAAUAUUGACAGAAUCACUUCGACCAAAGUCUACUACGACAAAUCAAUCUUCCGUCAAUCAAAUAAAUUGUGAUGUCAGUGUAAUUAGCAACAGUCCAAAUGUUACUCAUCGAGUGCGCAAGCGAAAAUUAGAAGAUAAUAAAAUGAACUACACACCUCGUUUAAACGAGUCAAGUAAUCCCAAACAAGCCCGUGUGGAUAUGAGUUUGAAUAUUUCCAUCCGCAAAAAGAAAACAACACCUAGAAAAACCACUUCAUCCAAUGACAUCAGAAAAGUAUCGCAGGUCAAAUAUACUCCACGUAAACCUUGUUUUUGGAAAAUGAUUGUCUUGAGGCAACAUUUUCUCGCAACUCGAAACUACAUGAAAUGUGCUGUUUGUUGAUGUAUUAUUAUAUAAUAUUAUUUCAAUUUUUUAGAUUCAGAUUUUAUAUAUUCCCUUUAUAUGUUAUACUUUAUUUAGAUUCACCUUUUUUGACAAUUUGAUUGAAUAAAAUUUUCUUCUCCGAAUCAUGUAUGACAGUUCGGAGUCCGUUUAACCAGAA